UACAUAGAGAGUACUAAUUGUCAUGGGCAGUAUUGAAAAGGCAUGCAUAUCAGGGUUUCUUUGCCGACUAUGUUCUGAAAUGCACAGAACUGUAAUUCACAUAUACAGCGACCAUGGCCAACGUCUCUGUCUUGUUGAAAAAAUUAACGGCUACCUUCCAAUAACUAUUUCACCGACUGAUCCGUUGCCAAAAACCAUUUGUAGAACAUGCUUACAUCGUGUAGAGCAACAUUAUUCGCUUUUAAUGCGGCUUACGCGAAUGCGAGAGGAGCGAAAAAUUCAAUUUUUUGAGUACAAGUCACGCAGAGAAAUGGCAAAUUCAUCAAUAUCCAGCGUGGAAGGCUCUGAUGAGGAAGAUAACUUAGCAGAACCCGCAGACAAAACAAAUGGCCAACCUGGAAAACAGACCUCCGAGUCCAUUCGAUCAAAAAAUACGGUCACAGCUCAUCGAAACAAUAAUGAAACCCACGAUGAGAGUGGGUCUGGUUCAAGGAUUAGAGACAGUAAAGGGUCAGGAAACAGUGGGACAGGACAUACCACUCCAACAUUAACGUAAAUUGAUGACUGUCAAACUAGUCAAUGGUUUAAAUAAUACUAUAUGUAUAUAAACUUAUUAAUAUAUAAAAACAUAUAUGUGAACGUAUAAUUUUAGCCAUUAAAGGAAAUCGAUCAACUUA